GCGGCCGCGCCGUGGGGCCGCGCCGGGCACUCGCCACUUCCGGCGCGUUGGGGCUGUUGGUUGGGGGCGGUUGCGCGGCGCGAGCGGGCAGCUCUGGAGCGGGCGUGCGCAGGGAUGCUCCGGGGGGCGGUGGCGGCGGCCGUGUGGGCUAGGGCGGCAAGGAUAGCUUAGGCCCUCGGGCCUUUCCCUUGAGCCGCCCGCUCGGGCUGCGCCGCCGAGGCCCCUUCAGCCUCCGCCCCUUCAGCCUCGGGGUCGGGCCCACCGCCGCUUCUGAACGCGGGGGCCGGGGAGCCCCUGCCUGGGCCCGGAGCCUCCCAUUGGGGGUCGGGCCCGGGCGGGGGGCCCCGAGCCGCUGCUCUCCUCGCCGGCCUCCGAGCCCCAUUUCCUGCUUUUUCAGUUUCCUUGCGGAGGGGUGGGUGGGUCUGGAUGAAUUGUUCCGGGGGUCCCCGAUGAGGCGGGCCGGGGGGCCGCGCUCUUUAUAGAGGGUCCCCGCGGGGCCCGGGUGGGGAGGCGGUUGUCUUUGCAUGGGUGGGGGACUUCCCGAGCCUGCCGGGACCAUGACCUGAACUGUGCGAGCGGGACGUGUCCGAAGCCCGAGAGCUAGCUCACCUGAGCCGCCCUCUUCCCCGGCCAGCAUGAUGCUCCAGGUGUGUGCCUGCCUCAGGGCUUUGGCCUGGCUGUUGCCGCUGCUUGGACUGCACUUUCCCCUAGAUAUCUAUGACCAGCGGGACCUUCUUCAGGCCUUCUCAAGAGUCAUCUUCCGGCAUCUGAAGAAGCCUCUCUCAGGGCACUGGAAAGUCUGAUGACAGAGUUUUUCCACGACUGUACAACCAAUGAAAGAAAACGUGAGAUAGAGGAACUUCUUAAUAACUUUGCUCAGCAAAUAGGAGCCUGGAGAUUCUGCCUGUAUUUUCUCUCCAGCACUAGGAAUGACUAUGUAAUGAUGUACAGUUUAACGGUUUUUGAGAAUCUGAUCAAUAAAAUGUGGCUUGGGGUCCCAUCUCAGGAUAAGAUGGAAAUCCGUAGCUGCCUGCCCAAACUCCUCUUGGCUCACCACAAAACCUUACCUUACUUCAUCCGGAACAAGCUCUGCAAAGUGAUUGUUGACAUUGGCCGUCAGGAUUGGCCCAUGUUCUACCAUGACUUUUUUACUAACAUUUUACAGUUGAUCCAGUCCCCUGUGACAACUCCCCUCGGGUUGAUCAUGUUGAAGACAACUUCAGAAGAGCUGGCUUGUCCCCGUGAGGACCUCAGCGUGGCUCGGAAAGAGGAGUUGCGAAAGCUGCUGCUGGAACAGGUGCAGACAGUGCUUGGGCUACUGACAGGUAUCUUGGAGACUGUCUGGGACAAACACAGCGUGACUGCUGCCACCCCACCACCAUCCCCGACCUCAGGAGAAAGUGGUGACUUACUGAGUAACCUGUUGCAGAGUCCUAGUUCAGCCAAACUGUUGAAUCAGCCAAUCCCCAUCCUUGAUGUGGAGAGUGAGUAUAUCUGUUCCCUGGCCUUGGAGUGCCUGGCCCAUCUCUUCAGUUGGAUUCCUCUGUCUGCCAGCAUCACCCCAUCCCUCCUUACCACCAUCUUCCACUUUGCACGCUUUGGCUGUGACAUCCGGGCCAGAAAGAUGGCAUCAGUUAACGGCAGCAGCCAGAACUGUGUGUUGGGUCAGGAGCGCGGCCGGCUUGGGGUCCUGGCCAUGUCCUGCAUCAAUGAACUCAUGUCCAAGAACUGUGUGCCUAUGGAGUUCGAGGAGUACUUACUGCGUAUGUUCCAGCAGACUUUCUACCUCCUGCAGAAAAUCACCAAGGAUAACAAUGCCCACACGGUGAAGAGCAGGCUAGAAGAACUCGAUGAGAGCUACAUCGAGAAGUUUACUGACUUUCUGCGGCUCUUUGUCAGCGUUCACCUAAGAAGAAUCGAGUCCUACUCCCAGUUCCCCGUGGUGGAGUUUUUGACACUUUUGUUCAAGUACACAUUUCAUCAGCCUACUCAUGAAGGUUACUUCUCUUGUUUGGAUAUCUGGACGCUCUUUUUGGACUAUCUGACAAGUAAAAUUAAAAGCCGUCUGGGAGACAAGGAAGCAGUUCUCAACAGGUACGAAGACGCCCUAGUCCUCUUGCUCACGGAGGUGUUGAAUCGAAUCCAGUUCAGAUACAACCAGGCCCAGUUGGAGGAGUUGGAUGAUGAGACACUGGAUGACGAUCAGCAGACAGAGUGGCAGCGGUACUUACGCCAGAGCUUGGAGGUAGUGGCCAAAGUGAUGGAGCUCCUUCCCACACACGCCUUCUCAACACUGUUUCCAGUUCUUCAGGACAAUUUAGAAGUUUAUCUGGGAUUACAGCAGUUUAUAGUUACUUCAGCGUCAGGACACAGGUUGAACAUCACAGCAGAGAACGACUGCCGGCGGCUGCACUGUUCCCUGCGAGACCUGAGCUCCCUCCUGCAGGCUGUGGGCCGCCUAGCCGAGUACUUCAUCGGGGACGUGUUCGCCGUGCGCUUCAGCGACGCCCUCACGGUGGUGGAGAGGCUGGUCAAAGUCACUUUGUAUGGAUCUCAGAUAAAAUUGUACAACAUUGAGACUGCCGUGCCAUCAGUAUUGAAGCCUGAUCUCAUUGAUGUGCACGCUCAGUCCCUGGCUGCUCUGCAGGCUUACUCUCACUGGCUCGCACAGUACUGCAGCGAGGCUCAUCGGCAGAAUACGCAGCAGUUUGUUACGCUCAUUUCCACCACCAUGGAUGCAGUCACACCCCUGAUCAGCACCAAGGUCCAAGACAAAUUGCUGCUAUCUGCAUGCCAUUUACUGGUCUCACUGGCCACCACUGUGCGACCCGUCUUUCUGAUCAGCAUCCCCGCAGUACAGAAAGUAUUCAACAGAAUCACCGAUGCCUCUGCCCAGCGGCUGGUUGAUAAGGCUCAGGUGUUGGUGUGCCGAGCCCUCUCUAAUAUCCUGCUGCUUCCAUGGCCAAACCUCCCAGAGAAUGAGCAGCAGUGGCCUGUGCGCUCCAUCAACCAUGCCAGCCUCAUCUCUGCGCUCUCCCGGGAUUAUCACAACCUGAAGCCCAAUGCUGUCGCCCCGCAGAGGAAGAUGCCCCUGGAUGACACCAAGGUGAUUAUCCACCAGACACUUAGUGUCUUAGAAGAUAUCGUGGAGAAUAUCUCCGGGGAAUCCACCAAGUCCCGACAGAUCUGCUACCAGUCCCUGCAGGAAUCCGUUCAGGUCUCCCUGGCCCUCUUUCCAGCUUUUAUCCAUCAGUCAGAUGUGACUGAUGAGAUGCUGAGUUUCUUCCUCACUCUGUUUCGAGGCCUUAGAGUACAGAUGGGCGUGCCUUUCACUGAGCAGAUCAUACAGACUUUCCUCAAUAUGUUUACCAGAGAACAGUUGGCCGAGAGCAUCCUCCACGAAGGCAGUACUGGCUGCCGGGUGGUUGAGAAGUUCCUGAAGAUCCUGCAGGUGGUGGUCCAGGAGCCUGGCCAGGUGUUCAAGCCCUUCCUCCCCAGUAUCAUCUCCCUGUGCAUGGAGCAGGUGUAUCCCAUCAUCGCCGAGCACCCCUCCCCUGAUGUGAAGGCUGAGCUGUUUGAGCUCCUUUUCCGGACGCUGCAUCACAACUGGAGGUACUUCUUCAGGUCCACCGUCCUGGCCAGUGUCCAGAGGGGGAUUGCUGAGGAGCAGAUGGAGAAUGAGCCUCAGUUCAGUGCCAUCAUGCAGGUAAUGGGGCAGAGCUGGUGAGGCUGCCUUGUGAUCCAGGAACAGACACGCAUCAUUCUGGACACCGCCUGGGUCCACUGGCCGACUGUCCCUUGCUUUGCUUCUGUGGCAUAUGGUCCCACUGCCUCUAAUGUGGCCACUGCAGCAGGCGCCACGCAGUGGCACUUUGAAGCCUCGUGGUCUUGGGUCUGAAGCUCAGCUCUACCUCUUAGUACCUAUGAAAUUAGUUAACGUCUUGGAGCCUCAGUCUCUCCAU